AAUCUCAAAUUAACACUGGGCAGCAGCAACACGAGUGCGAGGGCCUCGAAUAGUAACGUAAUGAUGGUUUAAGAAGAACAAGUUCCAGCAUUACUCUGAAAAAUACUUUUUUAGCAGCCUGGUAAACUUUUUAAUAAGUUUUGGAAGGCACAGUUUUAACUGUUAGCAUGUUUCCAUCUUCUAGCAGGGUGAAACUGAACAGAGUUGCGCUAAAAGACGUUGUUGGGUUAAAGCUGACCCCGCGGCGGAGACGACUCCCAAAGUUACUGGAUAGAAUUUCGGCUGACAGCAAAAACCAAGAGAAAAACUUUGAUUCCGUGCAGCAAAUGUCAGAGAACGAUACGGUGUCACCUCCGGGCAGCAAUGAACCCGACCAAAACUUCACGCACACAAUGGGUUCCGAAAGGAAGACACAGGCGCCGAGCACUCACGACGAGGAGGAACCGGAGGAGAAUGGCUCAGGUACGCAGAAAACAAAGACUAAAGUAGACUCUGAGUCACAAAGAGCUGAUAAACACGACGGGCCGAACACUAGAGGCAAGUAUCAACAGAGCAAACGUGGGUGGCGGGCUUCAGAAACAUGUGCAACCUCAGACCUCGGUUUAUUUGGUGUGUUUGCAAACGGUCAUACAGCGCAUGGUUCAAACGUCUCCACGGUAGGACGAAUCCAAGGAGUGAAAGGUCCAAAAUACCCUAUCAAAUGAAGCUGACAAGCCAGGCGGUUCUGGCCAUGAGGAAAGGGAGGAAGAGACAAGCCGAUUUAAAGUCGGGUAGAUGUCAUUUUAGACAGUGCGACAUAAGUGGUGAAAGUGGUGUGGCACGCCGGACUAAAAGCGUGAGGGUCGGUGUUAGAGAGGGACGGAGUUCAGUGAAGGCCACGUCCGCCGGGUGUGAUCCUCAGCCCGCGGCUCCUUCUGCAAAAUCGGGACAAGUGCGAAGGGAAACACCCCGCCGACUCCCAAAUGUUGAUAGACAUUCAGAGCCAAACCUCUCCGGUCUUGCUGGUUCAGAAGUGUUACUAAGAAGAGCUGUCGGAGCCUCCCAUUGUGGUCUCUGUGGGGAAUGUAAAUACACUUCCCCUCAGCGCAAGGCACCGGGUAAGCUAAAAAGGCUAAAAAGAGCUAGCCCAGGGUCAGAGCCACCUGCUGCUCAGUCAGAAAUUGAGAAAGAAAACACAAUCAUUCAGAGCUCUAAGAAGAUUAUCGUGUGGAUAAACCAGUAUCCCAAAGUGAUCCUUUGUGACGUUGCCAAAAAAUGUGAAGCUUGCGGUCACGAUUGUGGGUAUGUGUUACCGGAUGCUCUUGAGAACAAGGUUGUGCGUUGCUUCCAGCAGGAGAUGAGAGCUUCAUUUCGUUUUUGGCCUACUUGUUUAAGGCAUAACGAAUCAGAAACUGUGAAAAAGACUCUGGUUAAAAGUAGCAAGUGUUGUCCAAGUGCUCAGGAUGAGAAGACCGUCUGUCAGUCUCAAAGUGUGAUCCGCCAGAACCACCCGGAUGAAGGCAUGCAUUCACAGCCAUUAUCCCAUCAUACUGUGAGUCCUUUCCACCGGAGUCAGACAGGCGAAGACUCUGCAACUUGUUCUGCUUCUUUUUUACUAGAUGAGCAUACAAACACAGGCAACUGCAGAGGUGGCAUGCGUGACAGAGAUGCUGAAGAGGACCUUGGUCCAGGAUCUGAUCCAGUAAGCUCAGAGACUUGUAGAGAAAAAGGAAAGGUAGGGGAUAGCAUUGAGUGCAGCAGCACUUUGGACUUCGCGCCCACCGAUAAGUGUAGCGCUUCAGGUGGUCAGAAAGGCGAUCCCACAAAUGCUGAUGGAUCACAUGUGUUGUCAGAUCUCAUCGAUCACGUUAGUGACGAGGAGACAGAUGCACCAGAGUCGUACACUUGCCAGAGAGUAAGGGCGUAUUUGAGAAAAAUACAUUUUUCAUGUGCACGCACUUACAUGGCCUGGCCUUUCUCAAAGACUUGCACAACAAAUGCUUCUACCACAGCAGGGACUAUUGAUCCAUCAGCAAAGGAUGGGAUUGACUCUGGAACAGUUAAUCAAAGUAUGCCAGGUUCAUCCAGUAAUCUGUUCAAGGACAUUCCCCCGAAGGCGCCUACAGAGAAAUGGGAAGAGGAUGGAGAAAGCGUUUUUGCUCAGGGAAAUGAGAAAGGGCACAGAAAAGACAUGGAGACCUCACCGCUGUUUAACCAGCCUGAAGAGUCAGAAACCAGGCCUAAUUCAGAUACAGCAUCAUUCCCCCCUCCAGCUCAGUGUGGAAGGGAGCGUGGCACUGAUGGAGUCUCAGCCUCAGCUUUGCUAGUUAAUGGACCAGAAACUGUCACCUCCAUAUCGACCCCUUCCCCCUCAGUCCUCGGCCUGAGUGACUGGGACACUGCCACCACUCUGUCUCCUAUGUCAUCUCCAUUCACACAGGGCAGCGUGAGCAGCCUCUCAGCCACAACAUCUUCUCUCCCACCGUCAUCGCUUAUUCCCAAGAGAUUCAAUGUUGCUGACAAAAUAUUGUCCUCCCGUGAAGAAGCCCAAACAGCUUCUUCUUCUCCCCAUGUUCCUCUGCACACCCCUGACUCCUUUCAUUCAUGUGAAUCCUCCAUCCUUCCUCAAGUUGAACAUGCAAAUGACAAGGAACCGUUCCCAUGCAGGAGCCCCCCCAGACUGGAGCCGUAUUAUUGUACAAGUCCGUUUAGGGGCAACGCUUUAGCGGGUUCACCAUUGUGCAGCAUCUCCCAGGAACACUGUGUAGAGUCAGACUCGAAUGAAUUCAUGCUUCCACCUUUGCUCUCCCCUGUCAGUUCACCACAACUGCAGUUGUGCCAGAGAAGCUUCUCAUGCUGCAGCUCGAGCAAUACAGAUGAGGAAAACGUGGAAGAAGAAGAGGAAGAAAUGAACAAAGCUGCCAGCAACUUGCCACAAAAUGAUAAUUGCAAUAAUGAAACAUAUGAUUGUCUUGAGCACAAUAUUGAAGAGUCGGAAAGAGUCUUGUCAGACUUUACAACUCCUGAGACACUAAGGGAACAUCAGUCUUCUCCCAGCAGAGAAGAAGAAAGUGCUGAGGAGGAGGAUAUGGAGCAGGGUAAUGGAAGUUCUGAACAAGUUUCCUUACAUCGUAAAAUAAAGCCGAGCCUUAGCUCAGGUGUUCUGACAGAGCCCUGCUCUUCUUCCAGCAGUGACGAAGAGAACGGUGCGGCCUCGAGUGAUGGAGAAUCGCACUCAGACACAGAAGAGGGAUCAAGCCCAUCUAAAAUAGCAAACAGGGAAGAGGAUAAAAUCCAAGUAGAAGCAGCUGGUGAUUCUCAGCCUGGCAUUUUGGACGAGUUAACAGCCUACGAACAGGACAUCCUGCUUGUUGACGUGAUGCAGGACGACCCAGAACUGUUUGACAACCUGCCUGAUCAAAGUUUGCUGAAGCUGGGUCCUACCCGAGCUGCCGAGGCUCCGGGAACCAAACCUGCUGCUGUGGUGAAUACUCCAAGAAGAGCUGGAGCGUCACAGGAGCUGCACGAGAGAUUGGCUCCGGUUACUGUGGGUUUGCCUUGCGACAGUCCUGAUAACACAGAGGAGAGUAACAGCAGGCCAUGGAGACCUCAUUCUAGCAACAGCCAUACUGGAACACAGAGCGACACAUGCCCUACCUCCACUGAGAAGCAAAGCAAACACGUGGUUCAAUCUGAUACCAACAACAAUCAUGUAAAUAGUGGCCCAGAAAGGAGCCAGCCCAUCAAGACAGUGAACUCCUUUCAAAACAUCACCCCGCUCAUGUCCAUGGGAACCGCAGGGGCAUGGAUCACAAACUCAGCAAACAUGAUGGAUUUUAGGCGCCUGAAAUCAAGUUCUUACUGCAGGCUGUACUUCAGUGAAUCACUGACCUGUGGGUUCAAGAUGUGUCGCUUCCAACAUCUGCCUGCGGAGGGGGAUGAAAAGUUCUGUAUUGAAAACGUGACAAGAUUCAUCAAAAAUCCAAUGUGCCUUCAGAAAGCAGGAGCUGUGUUUACAGGAUAUUACCAGAAGAACCCACCAGGAGUGUAUUUCUCUUUGCCGAUAUUUUUCUCCCUCCUCUGGGCUCUGCUGAAAGCUGGCAUGGUGUCCGAGGUCUUCUCCGUCCUCAGUGUUGGCUUGGCUCACAACAUAGUGCCCAGCCAUGAGUUCCUCCUCUCCCUUUUUAACUGCGUGAGAGAAAAGGGUCUGAUGGGCUUUGUGCCUGAACUCAUGCAGCUCACUUUCAAGAUGGCCAACGCUGGACUAGAGCUGAGUUUGGACUGCCUCGACUGUGUAAGGAACACUCCUUUUUUCCAGCAAAUGAUUCAUCCAAACUCGCCUUCAGUGUCCGGCAACAACAAGGUUUCCCCUGGUGCACCGUUUCCAGAGUAUCUGAAUUUGGCCCAUUCCAUUGUGGAAAUGGAGCUUUGUAUGAAACAAGAGGACUGGAGGAGGAUAGGUGAGGUUUUUAGAGGGAUCUGCCAGUCCACCCAGCACCCCAGCCAAGUGGAGCGCAUCAGCGGUCGCAUUGCUGUCGCACUCCUGUCUGAGGGCAAAGACAAGCUGUCACUGCCCUUUUCUGUAUUUGCUGAGACAGGUAAAAGCUUGUGUCAGAAUGAAAGUGAGGACAGCAUGGUGAGGAGUUUCAUAGGCAGAAUUGGAGUCUCUCUGAUGUUACGGUACCACAAAACUCAUCAGUGGGCCAAGGGUCGCAGGGUGGUAGAGACGCUGUCUGUUUUAAAAGUCUGCUACUCAACUCUGAAAGGUCUGUUUGGGAACGAGGAUGGAGCGUCACGAUGCUGCCUGAUCACUGUGGCUGCAGAGCUCUUCCUCCUGAGUGGCAGCGUGGAGGGCGCUCUGAACACACUCCGAGAAAACAAGUGGUUCCUGAGUUCGUGCUCAUGGCCGUGUGAGCCUGCCGAUCUGGAGAGUAGGACUCGUGUGCUGAUACGUCUGGCUGAAAAAACCUCUCACAGAGACACGCUGGAGGUUCUCUGUAAUCUUCCUGGAGUUAAAGAGUCAAGUGACUCGAUGGAUAUCUCCAGGUACAGCCCUUUGUUUAACUCUCACCUUCAAGUGUGUGUGGACAGGCAGAUACUUCCUGUGGCUUCAGACACGGUGGACUUUAUGCUCUCUAAAAACCUGGCCGUUGACCACACAGUGCUUCGGAUACUUUUACAGAAACUGGGCAAGCAAAACCUCUGGCUCCGUGCUCGGGAAGUCUUCAGACAUUCUCUGAGUGUGGGCUACUACCCUGGAGUCUCAGCUCCCCCUGGUUUCAUGACACUGAUUGUCCCCUGUCGACUGGGGGAGGUGGAGCUGGCUCUCACCUUCGAGAUGUUCAUCACUGCCAACGCAACAUUCAUUCACCACCUAUCAGAGCCCACUACUUCUCUCACCAUUACUCUCAAAAGGACUCAAAGCUGUGAGAGUGAGUACCUCUCUGCUGGCAGCCGCCUCCUCUCUGCAGCUUGUAUCCCUCAGCCCAAACUAAUAGUCCAUUACACAGCAGUCAACUCGGAACAAGAACAAGUCUUCAUGCUGGACGUUUCCUCUGCCCGCCGCUGGCUCCGCCACAAUCAUCUGUGGGCCCACGAGGUGUGGACACACUAAACUACCAGCUGUUUAUUUCUCUGCUGUCUACAGAACUACUCCUUCUCUUUCCUUUAGAAACUGCUUGUGCUCAACAGCCGCUGACUCUCAGGAAAACAACCAAUGAAAUCAGGAAUAUGAAAGAUUGCAUAUUUCUUGGUCAUGUUUCAAUUGACUUGAGCUGAGGAGCAGAAAAACACAAAGACCAAAAACUACUUUUUUCUUUCUUACUUUUUUUUUGGUUCAGACUAAUUUUAAAAUAUGUAAAGAGGUUGUUUCCUGAGUUCUUUUAGCUGAUUUGUCAAUCGUUUUGCGAGAUUGACUCUUUGAAAUCAAAAAGUCUCUUUAGGAACAGAGUCCAGCGUGUGUUGUUGCACGAUUGUGUUUACUUCAUUGUAAAUAACAUCUGAGUGUAAAUAGGUAUAUAUUUAUAAUGGUGUUUAGUCUUUGACAGUAUUAUGUUGUUAUAUUAAUGUCAAAACCUCAAUUGUUGCCAGUUAAGGAGCUGUGAUUUACAUUUUCUUUGUAUGAAGUUUUUAUGUAUCUAUAUAUAUAAAAAAAAAAAAAAAAAAAAAAGUUCUACUUAAAAAAAAAAAAAAGGGCUCUUUUUGUUUCUUUCUUCAAAUAAGAAAGUACAUUUCUGUAAAAAGUGUUUUUCAUAAAGAAAGUAUUACUCUUGGCUUUUACAUUAUGCCAUUGCCUUUCUGUAGAACAGUUGGAUUUGGCCACAGUUGCUUCCCUGCAGUCUUAAACAUUUCUCCUCCAGCGAUAAUGUAACGGGUAAAUACAGCGUUACUGAAUCUCAGACUCUGGCCACUUUACAAUAUGCAACAUUACUUAGGAACGUUCUCUGGAACAGAAAUAUUCUUUCCUAUUCUAAAUUCUUUCAGGCAUGUUUUCCUCUUCUUAUCGCAGCCAGCGUCGCUCAUUGUACGGGUCUCAUUUUAUGGUCCCUGUAGUAGCAGAUGAGUUCCUCAUGAAAGGAAAAAAUCAGUUAUCUGUGACAGCGACAUGUUUGAGGAGCUUGAUUACUGGAACAUCAGUUGAGGCGUGAACCAUUUUACGCGGUGUCUUGGUUAAAAAGCACAACACUGGCUGACUGACAUGUCUCAUCGUGCGUGACAGAAAGCUGGAUUUAACAUUUGUUGCAGAGUCUUUGCAGCAUUGGUUGAAAUGUUAAUUGUUAAUUUAAGGCCAGUAACUCUGUCACAAAAAUAUCAAAGUGCUGAUUGCCAAUAAAAGUUUUUGCAUACUA